AUGACAUUAUAUAAUCAUAGAAAAAGAAAAAUAUUCAAUAAAAAACAUAUACAUGCAUUUAUACCUAAUGCUAAAUGUAUUGCAUUAUCUAGCGGGGACUGGCUAGAGGGUACAGUCCUAUCCGUAGAUGCAAAAGGUGUAUGGGUGUCUCUUGAGGAUGGCAAUGAGGAGAAUAUAGAUCUAGGUCUUGUACAAUUAUUAUCUUAUAAGACAGGAGCAGCAGCAGCAGGAGCAGCAGCAGCAGGAACUGCAGCAGGAACACUAACAGCAGCAGCAGCAGCAGCAGCAAUAGAUACUAAUGCUGCAGCAGCUAAACGCAGCAAAAAUAGAGAUCGGGAUAGGGAUAGGGAUAGGGAUAGGGAAAGAGAUAGAGAUAGAGACAGGGAUAGAGAUAGAAAAAGAAGCCGUAGCCGCAGCACGGAUCGUACAACAGCAAAGACACAGCAGCAACUGCUGCAGGAGUUUAGGAGAAAAGAACAAGAAAAGGCAUUAGCUACAGGAAAGGACUAUGCAAGACGACCAACUUCUUAUAAGAGCGCUUUGUCUCUUAAGAUGACUUCUUCUCGUCAUGUACCGUCUCCUGAGCGUCCUCCUCCUGUUCGUGCUCAUCCAAGGUCUGCGCUGCCGCAGCAGCAGCAGCAGCAGCAGCAGCAGCAGCAAAUGCAGCAACAAGACCAACAGAAGAAGCAGCACAUGGCGUCUCUUGUUGCACGGAAUAGCCGUCAAGGAGGAGACAGUAUAGAUCGUCGUCGUCAUAAUGAUACAGAGACACCUGAUGUACUCAGACUUGGAUAA